AGAGUCUGAACUGUGAGAUCAUUAUUAAGUUCACAGUUGCCUCUCCAAAUCAAGCUGUCUCGACCCGCAAGCGCAAGGAGGAGGCAAAACGAAGAAACCCCAAAUGGAUUUGGCGGAACUGUGGUCAAUCUUCGGCCCAGGCGUCGCCGGUGCCGUGUUCGGCGCCGGAUGGUGGUUUUGGGUUGACGCCGUCGUCUGCAGUUCUGUUCCGGUCUCCUUCGUCCACUACCUCCCAGGUAUUUUUGCCUCUUUCGCGGCUCUCAUGUUCAAUUGCGUUCGGAAAGAAGAUAUCGAUUAUUCUCCGUACGAGGAAGGCGAAUGGAGAUUGAAGCUUUGGCUCUUCUUCGCUUAUGUGGUAUCAUUCGUUUCAUUAGCAGCAUCAGUGGGACUCUUGAUACAAGAUUCAAUAGUAAAAACUGGGCCAUCAGUGUGGACGGGAGUUGCGGGAGUAUUACAGUGUGUGUUUGUGUUGGUUAGUGGGUUGAUCUACUGGACUUCUCACUCGGAAUAAGUUGGAGAGAAUCAAUGAACUUGGACGUCAGAGGCUGAAGAGAGUUACCAACUGUGUAGAGCUGCAUUGGCGAGUCAUUUGUGCAUGUUUCAUUAGAACUGAACCACAAGGUCUCCCUUUACUUUUACAUCUUGUAAAUGUUGUGUUAUUCGUCAGCUCAAACCAUAUCUACAUAUCUUUACGAAUUCAAUUAUAAGCGAGCCAAAUUUUCAAGGUUACUGCCA